AUGACUUACAGUCAGGCUGUGUCCGUGUCUGCGGUGGAAAUAGUCCUGCUGCGCUGCGUCCAGGCUGAGCAGCAUGGUGUCACUGAACUUGCAGCUGGGAAGAGGCGCACACUGCAGCGCUGCUGUUUCUGUUUCUCACUUAGGGACCCAGGUGGAAGCAAGAGCACAAUAAAGAAAGUCAUUAAGGACAAGUCCAUGGUACAGCGGUGGGAGCACUUCCUCACGGCACCCAAGAUCAAGAAAUUCAAAACUCCUACACAGCGCGUCACGAGCCGCAAGCCGAGCCGGCGGGGCUCCAUACUCAGCCUGUCCCGGGCCAGUGCAGGGUCCUCCCCGCUGAGCAGCAUGAUCUCCGUGAACCCCGGCUCGGAUGAGCCCCCGAGCGUGACCGUCCAGGCAGCAGGCAACAAGGACAUCGAGGACACGGAAUCGUCCUCCACCAGGCCCGACGAGGACCUCCACAUCAAUCUGCAGAAGCUCCUGGAGAUGGUUCGGGAGGAGGCCCGGAGGACGAUCAUGAUGGAUUCCGAGGUGCAAAAAACAGCACCCAGUGUCUCGUCAAUGCUGAAACAAACCAAGAGCGAUUCCGCCUAUAAAGAGAUGCAGAUCACCCUCAAAUCCAGUGACAGGUCCAGCAGUACAAGUGGAGAAACCCACAGCCAACCGAUCCAGAAGAAGUCUAAAAGCCGCACCUACCAUGACCUCAUCCACUGCACGACCGGUGUGUGUACCACCAUGAGGGCCAAGUUCUACAACGUGGCCCAGGAGGCCGGCUUCUGUCUGCAGGACAAGAUAGAAAUCCUCAUGAAGCGCCAGGAAGAGAGCAUUCUCCAGAAGUUCCAUUCUUUUGUCCUCGUCUCGAAUUUUCAAAAGGACAUAGCAAAAAUGAGACAUAAAGUGUCCAUGGUAAAAGGGGACGCAGAAGAAAUUGCAGACCACUGGUACUUUGAUCUUCUGUCCAAACUCCCCGAAGAUCUGAAGAAUUUCCGCCCUGCCAAAAAGAUCCUGGCAAAACUGCAGAAGUUCGGGGAAAACCUGGACCUGAGGAUCAGGCCCCACGUCCUCCUGAAAGUGCUACAGGAUCUAAGGACCUGGGAACUGUGCUCCCCAGACGUCGCUGUGGCUAUCGAGUUUGUGCGAGAACACAUCAUCCACAUGCCUCAAGAGGACUACGUCAACUGGCUGCAGAGCCGGAUCAGCAUCCCCGUCCGGCCCCAGACCGCCCGGACAUAG